CCUCUCCUUGCACCGUAGAGGAAGAGGAAGGCUCUUGCCUGGAGCAGAUUAGCGCACUCAGCAGACUUUCGGGUGGUAGUCUGAGGAAGCUCUGAGCCGGGGAACAGCGGACGGAAGCAACCAUGAAGAACGAAGGCAUAGAGGGGACGGAGCGCUUCCUGAGCCCGGACAGGGGCAGAGGCCUGCGGGCGCUGAGGCACUUCGCGGUGGGGGAGCUGGUGUUCGCCUGUCCUGCCUACUCCUACGUGCUGACGGUGAAUGAGAGGGGGGCUCACUGCGAGCACUGCUUCACCAGGAGAGAAGAUCUUUUUAAAUGUGGCAAAUGUAAGCAGGCCUACUACUGCAACGUGGACUGUCAGAGAGGCGACUGGCCCAUGCACAAGCUGGAGUGUGUAGCCAUGUGUUCAUACGGAGAAAACUGGUGUCCAUCAGAGACGGUCCGACUUGUGGCCAGGAUCAUCAUGAAACAGAGAGUCACGAAGGAGCGGACCCCUUCAGAGAGGCUGCUCCUGCUCACAGAGUUCGAAGCGCAUCUGGAUAAGAUGGACAGUGAGAAGGAGGAGAUGAACCAGGCGGAUAUAGCCGCUCUGCACCAUUUCUACUCGAGACACAUCAGUGACCUCCCUGACGACCAGGCUCUCACUGAACUCUUUGCACAGGUAAACUGUAAUGGUUUUACCAUCGAGGACGAGGAGCUCUCCCAUCUGGGAUCAGCUGUUUUUCCUGAUGUAGCACUGAUGAACCACAGCUGUAGUCCCAAUGUUAUUGUGACCUAUAAAGGCACAGUGGCUGAGGUCAGAGCUGUUCAAGAGAUAAACCCAGGGGAAGAGAUCUUUAAUAGUUACAUAGACCUGCUGUACCCAACAGAGGACAGGAGAGAGAGGCUGUUGGAUUCCUACUUCUUCCUGUGCCAGUGCACUGAGUGCUCUACCAAGUCUAAGGACAAAGCAAAAAUGGAGAUCAGGAAACUGAGCUCUCCGCCUGAACCAAAGGAAAUCCAGUCUAUGGUCCAUUAUGCCAAAAAUGUCAUUGAGGAGUUCAGAAGAGCUAAGCACUACAAAACUCCCAGCGAGCUCCUGGAGAUGUGCGAGCUCAGCCUGGAGAAGAUGGGAGCUAUUUUUGCCGAUACCAACGUCUACAUGCUGCACAUGAUGUAUCAGGCCAUGGGCGUCUGUCUCUACAUGCAGGACUGGGACGGCGCUAUGAGCUACGGGGAGAAGAUCGUUCAGCCGUACAGUGUUCACUACCCAGCCUACUCCCUGAAUGUGGCAUCCAUGUACCUGAAGCUGGGCCGUCUCUACUUGGGACUUGAAAAUAAAUCCCAGGGGGUCAAAGCUUUGAAGAAGGCCUUGGCUAUCAUGGAGGUGGCUCAUGGAAAAGACCACCAUUACGUAGCAGAGGUCAAACGGGAAAUCGUGGAGCAGAAGUAAAAGGGGAGAAAAGGAAAAAUUAAACUGUGGCUCGGAAUGUGGACCUCCUUAAAGGCAACAUCCAGUGCAUGGCAUGCAUCCUUUACCUCUGUUUUUACACCUUUUUUAUUUUAUUUUCCUGCCUUACUUUAUGCAGGGUUCUUUCACAUGCAUUCUGACCGGAUAAAGUUUUAUAUCUGUCACUGGUUUCCUCAAGGACUGGAGUUUAAACUAUAUUUGCUUAGUUUACAUUUCAUUUUUAAAACACAUGAAGUGUUUUUCUUUAUCAUGCUCAAACACAUUGAGGCCCUCACCUGUGCUAUAAGUAAAAAGAAACCAGUGGGGAAAAUGUUAUAAUCCUGCCUUUAAAGCUGCCUCCUGAUGAAACUAUAAACUGUUAACUGGUAGCUCCAUUUUCUGAAAUCCCCUUUGUCCUCCUUUUCUACCCCCUGUUGAGUCUGAAAUAACUCCAGUGUUUUGUGGUCCCAUCCCAAGGCCGUUUUCACCAUCAUGUUUGAGGUUUUUGCAGCGUUUUGAGCUGCACAGUGUCACUCCAAAGCAGCAACUCUCAACUGGUGAAUACUUGUCACUGGGGGCAUUUACUCAGUUGCAGCCAGUGCUUUUGGAUUGUGUCUAAUGUUCACCAACAGAGCACAGUUUAUGGCGUCGCAUGUUCUUGUUGAAGCUGUGAUCAAACACAAAGACUGACCAUGCACCAGACACUCUGUAGCAACAGAGAGGAAUAUGAAAAAGGACUUUUCUGAAUCAGGUUUCAGCGACUCGUCUCACGGCGUGUUUUAGUUUGUUGAAAGAAAGCUGAAGUGUUGCAUGCUUGACUUAUUAUGCAUUUCUUUACAUUUCUGUAUGUCUUUUUGAAAUGAAGUUAGUGGAUCGGUCUCCAGUUUAAGUCUUGGCUGUUCUUUCUGGAUCUAUCUUGUCAGAAAGAAGAGAGCCGUCUGGUGAGGCUACUCAGUGAUAAGUUGACCUCAGAGGGGAGUGUGGGCCUUGGUGAAAACCUUGACUGAAAAAAAUCUCAGUAGAAACAUAAAAGUUGAUAACAGCAAUGUGUAUUUUCUUUUCUGUCUCAGCAGAAAACCUAAAAAUUUUUUCCUCUACUGCUAAAGAAUUAUUACAUUUACAUUUUUAGAGUACAGUAUUGACUCCUUUGUACAAACUACCUUUUCUUUCCUGUUUUUAGCAGAUUGCUCACACAAUCUGCUGAGGUAGCAAGCCUGUAGUCAGCUGCUUUAGAGGCAUCCGUUUAGUAGCUAACCAGCGUUAGCUUAAGUGUGAUGGACGGUGCUGCUUUAGUUUCUACACAAUCAGUGUUUGUGAGGAAUAUUUCCAAAUAUAUUCUUUCUUGUAAGCAAGAGGAAAUAGUAAAAGCUUUCUUUUAGCCAGCUGACCGACAGUGCACAGCAUUAAUCAUAUCAAUGAAUGAAAUUUGACCAAAUGUUUGGAGAGUCUCCAACAAAGGAACCGGCCAGAACCUCUUUGGUUGCUGUGAUAAAAGCAAGCAUCAACUCUGCGUUACUGUCUUUUCAGUGUAUUAUACUUAUUUUUGCAGUUUUCUGGAAAAACCUUUUGAAAUGAGAUAGUCAAUAGUCUGGGUAUAAUGUUACCAUGCACUAAGGUUAUACACUCCUGACCAAAAUCUUAAGACCAGUUAAGAAAUGGCAUGAAUUUACAUUUUGCACGGUUGGAUCUUAAGAUAAAUAAAAUAAAAAAAGAAGAAAUGGGAACAAGUGACCAAAUGUUGUGAGCAAUUUAUUGAAAACGAUUUAACUCAAGCAGGCUUUUCAUCAGCUCAUCAAAGGUUCAAGACCACCGCCUUUCCAUGUCAUUUCCUGUCAAGUCAUCACACUGUGAAGAUCUCUUCGUGGCAAAUGCAAAAAGCUCACCGUCUUUGAACGUGAUAGGAUUGUUGAGCUGCAUAAACACGACCUCUCACAACGUGCUGUCACAGCUGAGGUUGGAUCCAGUAAGACAUUCAUUUUACAUUUCUUAAAAGAUCCUCAGGGUUAUGGAACAAAACAACCAGCUGGUAGACCUAAAAAAAUCUCACCGGCGCUGAGCCGGCGGAUGUGAAUGGCUGUCAAGUCACGGGACGAUCGUUGUCCCAGAUUAGAGCCAUUACUGGUGCUGACUGCAGCCCAAUAACCAUCAGACGGGCUUCAAAGCCCACGUCUCCUUCAACGCUUCAGAAUUUGUUGUUUGGAUUUUGCAAGGGAGCAUCAAAGGUGGAAGAAAGUUUUAUUCUCUGAUAGGCUUUUUCCUUCAAUGGAACAAUGGAGCUCCAGGUUGUGCAGGGGGUCAAACAGCAGCUUGCUAUGUGGAGAUGUUGCAGCGGGAAUCCCUGAUGACUGAGGGUCCUCGGCUGUGUGGUAAAGACUGCACUUUUCAGCAGGCCAAAGCUACAAUUCACAAUGAUCGUCUGACCAAGACUUUUUUUUCCAUGAGAAUAAUGUAGCCUGCAAUAACUCCAACGACAAAGGCCUCUGGCUGUACACAGCAAAAUAUACAUGUAUCACACAGAUUUUUGUGUGAAACUGUUAUAUACGCUAUUUUAUGAAUGUUAUACACCACAACAAUAUCUCACCCUUAAGCACACAAUUGAUCUCACAACAUAUCUUGACACAUUGGAAAUGGCUGCCUUGCACCACACAUGCAGGUCUUCUGCACCAUCUGUUUCAGAAAUGCACAAUCCUGUCAAAAUACUGAUUGCGUACCACUUCUCCUGACAAUCAAGGUUCCAUCCAGGUAUCAGAAAGAAAACAGAAAGUCCACUUGAGCCAAGUCCUGGGAAAACCAGUCAACUCCAAACACUUGGUGAACAACAGACACAACCACAGGAGACCAAAGAAACGAACCAGAACAUAACAAGCAAGCAACAUGGAUCUAAUCUCACAGUUCAUAACAUACACAACAAAGACUUCAAUGCCCCCUCUCUACCCCACUGGGAUAUUCACUCAGCUAAAGUACAACACAUUAUAUGGUUUACCAACCGGCCACAAUAUCACUCUUUUUGACCAUCCUGUGGUUCUCCUGAUCUUACUCCAAUUGAGAACAUUUGAGGAUGGAUGGCAAGGGAGGCUUACAAAAAUGGACAUCAGUUCCAGACAUUGAAGCCAUCUUCACUGCUUGGAGCAACAUUCCCACUAGCCUUUUGGAAACACUUGCAUCAAGCAUGUUAAAAUGAAUGUUUGAAGUGAUCAACAAUAAUAGUGGAGCUACUCAUUACUGGGUCAGUUUUGGACACUUUAAUUUCAGUUGUAGGAAGGUUGUUUUUUUUUUUUAGCUGUGUUCUUAAACCUUUGAUCAGCUGAUGAACAGCCUACUUGAGCCAAAUUGUUUCAAUAAAUUGCAUGCUCACAACUAUUGGUCUCUUGUUCCCAUUUCUUCUUUUUGAAAUUUGAAACUCUACUGGGAUCCUUCUUAAGAUCAAACACUGCAAAAUAUAAAUAUAUUUUUUUAACCAGUCUUAAGAUUUUGAACAGGAAUGUAUUUAUUUUCUGUAAAAAAAAAAAAAAUUUUUACCCUGGAGACCUUAAUGCUCCACAUUACCCUGUGCUUACUGUCAUAAACUUGAUGCUUUUAGUUUAGUUUGCACCACAGCACAUCUGAAAAACCAGAAUUUAAAGCAGAAAUUAUCUAAUACCAGCAAGACUAUUCUUUAUUUUCUGUGUAUGAGUUGAAAGUGGUUACAAUAGUCCAAAGUGUGACACAGGACCCGAUUGUAAAUGUUUAGCUUUUGUGUAGAUUUAACUAAAACAUUUAAAACCA